CGAGAGUGCGACGGCCAUACUUUGAUUUCUAUUUUGAUUUGUGAAGUGGAAUUUCGCGAAGUGUCCGUAAAAUAUACCAAUUUUUUCGCUUCCAUUUGCAAAGAAAUGUAUUCCUAUGUCAGCCAUAAGUAGACAUCCGAGUAGUGACGAAGCCAGAGCAGACGAAAAUCUAGUUUGUCGCAGACGAAAGCUAUCAGAAAAUCACGCCGUCAUAGAGCGUCCGGAGAAGAGGCUCAGAGACGAACACGGCAAUCCCGCAAUGACGGACACUGGGAAUCAGAAAAGGCCCAACUAUUCGUCUUUAACGGGUUCCAAUGGAGUCACAAGGACAGUGUCGCCGUUGGCGACCAGUAAGCCCAGUUCAGCGAAGAAAUUGAUCAUCAAAAACUUCGAAAAACCCCGUCUGCCAGAAAAUUACCAGGAGGAGGCAUGGAGCCAACUGAAGGAGGCGGUGGUUGCCAUCCAGUGUUCUCGGCCAAUCAGCACGUCUCAGGAGGAACUGUACCAGGCGGUGGAAAAUUUGUGUUCGCACAAGAUGGCCGCGCAGCUGUACGACAACCUCAAGAGUUUGUGCGAACAACACGUGCGUGCUUGUGUCGACCAGUUCUUCCGGGAGUCGAUGGACAGUGGACUUUUUCUUAAGUUGAUGAACGACUGUUGGAAAUCACAUUGCCAACAAAUGAUAAUGAUCCGGAGCAUAUUCCUCUUUCUCGAUCGGACGUACGUCUUGCAAAAUGCUGCAGUUGCUUCUAUAUGGGAUGCAGGCUUGGACCUGUUUCGGACACACAUAGCCAGUCAAGCCGUGGUGCAGGAACGGACAGUGGAAGGCCUGCUUCUCCUCAUUGAAAAGGAACGUGCGGGGGACGCUGUAGAUCGCUCUUUAUUGAAGUCUCUUCUCCGGAUGCUGUCUGACCUACAGAUGUACCAAGAGGCAUUUGAAGCCCGAUUCUUAACAGAAACGGAGCGCCUGUACGAUGCAGAAGGUGAGCGCUUGCUCGCCGAGCUCGAAGUCCCCGCCUACCUCGCCCACGUGGAGAGAAGGUUAUCGGAGGAGUGGGAACGGCUCCUCCAUUACCUCGACCCUUCUACCAAGAAACCCCUGGUGGCGACCGUGGAGAGGCAACUCCUGGGGCAGCACCUGACCGCCAUCCUUCAAAAGGGCCUCGACCAGCUGCUGGACGACCACCGUGACCUUGGGCUCAUGUAUGGCUUGUUUGCACGUGUGCGCGACGGACUACCUCUCCUGUGCGCCCAUUUUAACCAGUACGUCAAGAAACGCGGCCGGCUGAUAGUGACGAAUCCCGAGAGAGAUCGGACGAUGGUGCAGGAUCUGUUGGACUUCAAGGACCAGAUGGACUCGGUUGUGGGGCAGUGCUUUCAGCGGAACGAGAAGUUUAUCAACUCUCUAAAGGAAGCGUUUGAGUAUUUCAUCAACCAGAGGCCUAACAAACCUGCAGAGCUCAUAGCCAAAUUUGUUGACUCGAAACUUCGAGCGGGAAAUAAGGAAGCAACGGAGGAAGAACUAGAAAGGUUACUAGACAAGAUUAUGGUCCUCUUCAGGUUUAUUCACGGGAAGGACGUCUUUGAAGCGUUCUACAAGAAGGACUUGGCCAAGCGUCUGCUGGUUGGCAAGAGUGCCUCUGUCGACGCGGAAAAAUCUAUGCUCUCCAAAUUGAAACAAGAAUGUGGUGCUGCUUUCACAUCAAAACUGGAAGGCAUGUUCAAAGACAUGGAGCUCUCCAAAGAACUCAUGCUGGGCUUCAGGCAACACCUCGCCGGCCGUCAACGGCAGCUACAGGAGUCCCAAUCGUCGGUGGACCUGACGGUCAGCAUCCUGACCAUGGGUUACUGGCCGACGUACCCCACGGUUGACGUGGCCCUCCCUUCGGCCAUGGUGGAGCUGCAAGAAGUGUUUAAGAGAUAUUACCUCGGAAAACAUAGUGGAAGGAAAUUGCAGUGGCAGCCAACGCUAGGGCAUUGUGUGCUUCGGGCCAGGUUUCCAGGAGGUUCUAAAGAGUUGCAGGUGUCCCUGUUCCAAGCCCUGGUCCUCCUCCUCUUCAACGACGCUGACACCCUCGGCCUAAGUGAGAUUGCCCAAGCAUCACGUAUCGAAGACUCUGAGCUGCGGCGCAUCCUGCAGUCGUUGGCCUGCGGGAAGGCGCGGGUGCUGAUGAAAGAGCCACGGGGUCGGGACGUUGAGGAUGCGGAUCGCUUUCUUUUCAAUGGCGAGUUCAAGAACAAAUUGUUCCGCAUCAAGAUCAACCAGAUCCAGAUGCGGGAGACACAGGAAGAGCAGAGCAGCACCCAGGAGAGGGUCUUCCAGGACAGACAGUACCAAAUAGAUGCGGCUAUAGUGAGAAUCAUGAAGAUGCGCAAGGCCCUGUCACACAACCUCCUGCUCACUGAACUCUAUGACCAGCUCAAGUUCCCUGUCAAGCCUACGGAUCUGAAGAAGCGCAUCGAGAGCCUCAUUGACAGAGACUACCUGGAAAGGGACAAGGACAACCCCAAUCAGUAUCACUACGUGGCCUAGUAAUAUGCUGUGCCCAUUGGAUGAAAGAAAGGCUAACUUAAAGAAAAACAAAUGAGAAGACAGCUCCCGGCAAAUGCGGGGCCAGGCCGUCACAACUGCUCGUGCUUCAGGCCAGCAGUUCCAACCUUGUGGGCCAGCCAGUCAGUCUACAGGCAGGCUAGGCUGGCUUACAACCUGUAAUAAAGAAUUUUCAGUGCUUCAAAGGAAAA